CACCUUGUCAACACCUGCAGAGACCCAGUUCGCUGCUCUCGCUGCGGUUGCUCCGGCCACCGCAGCUUCCAGUGCUCGUCAAACCUCCCACUAACACUCCAACACCUCCGCCUCCCUAACCGCCACACCGCCAUGGCCGACAACAACGACGACGUCCUUUGGAUUGGCUCGUACCGACUCAACCUCCUCCGCCCCAUCUCGACCUCGCCCCGCUCCCCCCGCUCCGCGUCAUCCGACGGCGACUCCGCCCAGCCGUCUCAGCGCGGCUCCCCCCCUCCGAGCCACACCUCCAUCCCGGGCGAGGGUGCUGGCGACGGCGUCUCCGAUGCUGCCUCCGGCAUUCGUGGGCCGGUGCGCUCGAGGUCGCCCUCGUCCUCCUCGGCAUCAUCGCCCGGCUGCGCGCACUCCACGUACCCGGACAUCUUCGUCCCGUCCGGCCUCCUUCACGACGUGGGCCAUUUCGCCUUUGCCCACUUGGACCACGUCAUGCUCGAGCCGUACGACCUCAUCCGCCUCGCCAUCGAGCACCAUGCAGGCCACCCCUCCUUCCACUUCACAGCCACCACCGGCUGUGCGGCCCUUCUCGUCUUCGACUCCCACGAUGAACACGAGGCGACCAUGGCGCACUUCUCCGCCAAGUACGCCGGCGUCGAGAUCACCCUCCUCCGUCCCGAAGAAACCGACAACCGCGCCACCACCCGCUACGACCGCCUGGUCGAGCUCGAGGCCAAGAAUUACCCCCUCGAGCUUUGGCACCCACACGGCGCCAACUUUGUGUUCGGCCACUUUGGGGUGCUUUGCUGCGUCGACAACAACUGCCUCAACGCCGGAGACUUCACGGUGAUGCGGGCCUUCCUCCGCGUGGAAGGCAACCACGUCACGCCACAUGGAUGCAUCCUCCGUCUUCCGCCCGCUCAAGUCGUCGACGUCAAGCUCCGGGUUGUCAAAACCUGGGCGAUCUUCGACGACCAACCGGUCCCCCUUGAUGCCGACGGCGACGACGAGCUCCCUAGCCAGCCGCAUGUCCACGGCGCCUGGCGUUGGAACCGCGGUCACAUCGGCCCCUACCCCGGUCUGCAUGGUGUCGACGCCAUGCCACCCCCAUCACCACGCGAACCAUCACCACCACCCCCCGCUGCCCAGCCUCUGCACGCUCGAGCCAACUUCCUCCAGCCUCUCGUCGGUGGGCCGCUGCUGCCCCCUGCUGCGGUGCACGACGACGAGACCAGCCUUGACGACCACCUGGCCGGCGACGCUGACGACUCCUUCUCACCCGCUGUGGAGGUGUCCAACUCUUUCUCCUCGUUGGCCCUUGAUGAAGGAGAAUGCUCUCAACUCUCCGGCACGGCUUCUGCUGCGCUCAACUCCGACGACCACGAGGCCACUGUCCGCCGCAUCCAGGGCGCUGGCAAGAGGGCUACCGAUGCUGCCAAGCUUCGUAGGAGUCGUCGCCUCGCAGAGAAGGAAGGGGGCCAGUUCGUAGACAUGACAACCAAGGCCAUGCGCGCGAAGGCUCGCCGUUUCGACCUGCAGUAGGCCACGGCCGAGCUCGUCGCGGCCCUCGACGAGUCCGGCCUCACCAGCACACCGGACGAGCCGGUGCACGAUGCUGCAUCCCUAGCCCAGAUCGCGCUCAUUUGCGGUGCUGAGCAGUAGGAGCUCGAUGAGGUGUCCUCCCCGACGCCGUGAUCGACACUGCACUGCCCUGGACUCCGGUUCCUCGCCAAAACCGCUUAGUCCCCACUUGUUAUGGCCGUAUCUGCCCUUUAGGCAAUGUUUUAAUUCCUAGCUUUCCCUUUCCAGCACUUCUCAUUCGAUCCCAUGGAUGCAUGGGCGAGCUGAUUCUUGAUCCUUUUGUAAAGUAUGUUCGCAACCUGGACUUUUGGUGCCUACCUUUAGCUAAUGAAUGGCCUCAAG